AUGGAAACCACUUGUUCUGGAAGGUAUUUUAUUCCAGUCCGGAUAACGGUGGAAUAUCCCAACUUCUGGUGGAAAUUUGAACAUAUAGUACUGUUGGCCAGGGUUCCCUUCCUAGCUGGGCAACAGGAACUGCCCUCCAAGGAGAGACAUUUUCAUUGUUUCUGCAACCUUCCCAAGUCUCUCGUCUGCUUCGGCUACUUUGGGGCAAACAACGACACAAGGAAAACUGACCUUUCCGAAGUUUGCCUUGCAGCCUUUGAGCCCAAUUAUUACGCAGAAGAACCUCCCAACUCUGGGGCUCCCUCCAAGUCUUCACGCGCUGCUGGCGGGCGGGAGCCUCUCAGAGUCCUCUCUCCUCCACCCUGGAGAGAUGGUCCUUUUCCACCUUGGACUUCAGUGCCCUCUGUUUCUUCCCCACCCACCAAAGCGCCCUCCUGUACACGCACAGGACUUAAUGAGUCCAGUGAGCGGUGGGACACUGCGAGGCUUCCCGCCUCUCUCACCAAACUACGAGUCCCAGGGUCCUUCGCGUUGAGCCUUUUCCGCCCCUCCCCGAACUACAUUUCCCAGAGGCCGCUGCGAGCCAAUUCGGCCUUAAUAAGUAGCGGAAUUCCUAGCUGGGCGGAGCUAGGGAAGCAGGUUGUACCGAGGGCCUCAGUCAUUCCGAAGCUGUUGAAGGAUCAUAUGGCGUUGUGGUUAAAUGUUGAGCAGAAAGCUCCAACGACUGAUCUUGAGGGUUACUCUCCUGGGUUUGGACCAUUCCUGCGUUCCAAUCAGUCAUGGAAGUCUACCUCGAAUGAAAGAAUGCUGUGUUAUCAUAAUAGACUCCAUGGGGGAACCUUGAGUAGAACCUUGGCAUCACUCUGUAAGAAUCUAUGGUCAGCCUCUAAGCCUGGAGCCCUUUUUGAAUAUAUUCUGUUCACUCAGAUUUGCUCAGGAAUAUUGGCUUCAUCAGUCACUACACCCACACUGAAGAUGUGUCUCCAGUCUAGUCUGGAACAGUCAUCCCACUGUUGAACCUGGAUCCCACACCAGGAUUUAGGGAUAUAAAUAGUGUAUCAUGGCAAGCGAGGUGGUAAUGCAGGCUUUGAAAAUUUAGUGGAACAGUGUGAAGCAUCCCAUGUUAGAGGUUUUCUGACUGAAUUUAACAUUGACAGAUCUCUGUACAGAAGCAUAUAUACAGUAGCCUCAUGACAAACCUAAACAUAUUCAGGCAGUUUUAGUAAGCCACAUUCAGUCACAACAUUAAAAAAAAAUUCAACACAUGGUUAUUUUUAUAUGUCAACAUCUCUAGGCUAUAGUGCCCAGUUACUUAAUCAAAUGCUAAUACAGAUAUUUAUUUAUUUAUUUAUUUAUUUAUUUUUUUGACAGGCAGAGUGGACAGUGAGAGAGAGACAGAGAGAAAGGUCUUCCUUUGCCGUUGGUUCACCCUCCAAUGGCCGCUGCGGCCGGCGCACCGCGCUGAUCCGAUGGCAGGAGCCAGGAGCCAGGUGCUUCUCCUGGUCUCCCAUGGGGUGCAGGGCCCAAGCACCUGGGCCAUCCUCCACUGCACUCCCUGGCCACAGCAGAGGGCUGGCCUGGAAGAGGGGCAACCGGGACAGAAUCCGGCGCCCCGACCAGGACUAGAACCCGGUGUGCCGGCGCCGCUAGGCGGAGGAUUAGCCUAGUGAGCCGCGGCGCCGGCCCAAUACAGAUAUUUCUAUGUAGCUAUUUUGAAAUGCAGUUAACAUCAAUAAGAUAUCUAUAGUAUCCUAAUUCUACAGUUAUCUAUAGUAAGAUAAUUUUAACUGUGGUUCUCAUCCAAUCAGUUGAACAAAAACAGGUUUUCCAGAGAAGAAAUUAGCCUGCAGAUUGAAGCUUUAACUCCCGCCUGAUUUUCCAGCCAGAUAGCCUUCCCUAGAGAUGUGACUUGCCAGGCCCCAUAAUUGCAUGAGGCAAUUCUUCAAAAACAUUUAUUAAAUUUGUAAAAGUUCAUAAGUUUAUAAAAUUUUAAUAUAUAAUUACAUAUUCUAUAUUUAUAUAAUUGAACCUCUAUUUUGGAGAACCAUGAUAGAGAUUUUGAAACCGAGAAUGGUUCUAAAGGAACACAUUCUGAAGGUUUUCUUACUAGUUCAGGGAUUUUUUUGAGUUAGUUCUCUACUACAUUAUUUAAAGGCACUAGUUAUUGGGCUGGUGCUGUGGGGUGGUAGGGUAAGCCUCUGCCUGCAGUGCCGGCAUCCCAGAUGGGUGCUGGUUUGAGCCCUGGCUGUUCUUCUGGUACAGCUCUCUGCUAUGGCCUGGGAAAAGCAGCGGAAGAUGGCCCAAGUGCUUGAGCCCCUGCACCUGCAUGGGAGACCCAGAAGAAGCUUCUGGCUCCUGGCUUUGGAAUGGCUCAGCUCUAGCUGAUGUAGCCAUUUGGGGAGUGAACCAGCGGAUGGAAGACCUCUCUCUCUCUGAAACUCUAUCUAAUAAAUAAUAAAAAUCUUUAAAAAAAAAGGCACUAGUAACUGGAUUUCCAAUGAUAAAGAGGGUACUCUGAUAUCCAUAGCAUGAUGUGGUAAGACAGGUAAAAUCUCACCAGUGGAUAUGCCUAAUCAUUAGUUACUUUAAAAAAAAAUGAGGUUCUGAGCAACGGUGUGUUUGAUAACUUGGAGCAUUUUUGACAAACUAGCAAGUAUAUUGAGAUUUACUAGUUGUUCCUAACUGUGCUUGAGAAAGCAGAAAAACAUAAUUUCAAGACUUCAAAUUCCCACCUCAAAUGCAGCAUAAAUGACAUGAAAAAAUGUUUACCCUAAAAGCAAAACAAAAACCAAACCUCUUAUGAAAGCUUACCUCAUAGUUGCAGAGCUGAGAUUUAUGAAUACUAAACCCAGAGUCUUAUCCUGCAAGUGUCUAAUUUUUUAAUUUAUUUAUUUGAGGGGAAGAGUUACAGACAGUGAGAGGGCAAGACAGAGAGAAAGGUCCUCCAUCAGCUGGCUUACUCCCCAAAUGGCCAUAACAGCUUGAGCUGAGCCAAUCCAAAGCCAGGAGCCAGAGCCUCCUCUGGGUCUCCCACACGGGCCCAGGGGCUCAAACACUUGGGCCAUCCUCCACCGCUUUUCCAGGCCACAGCAGAGAGCUGGAUUGGAAGAGGAGCAGAUGGGACCAGAACCAGCAGCCACAUGGGAUGCCAGUGCUGCAGGCAGAUGAUAAACCUACUGCGCCAUGGCACUGGCCCCAAGUGUCUAAAUUAAAACAGAAACCGAAUGCCCAGCUUUCUUCUGACAGGUACAGAAACUUUUCACAUACCCUUACCUGGCACACAGAAAAUCACUGAGAGGUAAUGAAAUUGGUCCUGCUCUGACAGUGGUAAAUAUGCUUACUUGACACAUUAAGUACAUGAAUCAUUUUAUGUAGGCAUGAAUUAUCUCUUUCCCUCAUUAUAAAAAAAAAAAAAAGAUGUAGGUGGGUUUCUCUUUCCAAAUGAAGAAUAACAGUUUUUCUUUGACAUAUUCACUGCUUUCAACUACAAUUAGAACUUAAGAUAAAAUUUAAGGGUGGGCAUUGUGGCACAUCAGGUUAAGGGUUGCUCUGUGAGGAGUCACCACCAUCCUGGAUCAGAGUGCCUGAAAGCCAGCAGAAGAUGGCCCAAGUACUUGGGUUCUUGCUGCCCAUGAGGGAGACCUGGAUGAAGUUCCUAGCUCCUGGCCUCAGCCUGAUGUAUCCCUGCCUGUUGUGGGCAUUUGGACAGUGAGCUAGCAGAUGGAAGAGGCAGCAGGCAAUGGCUUAAGUAGUGCCACCCCUGUGGCAGAUGCAAAGUGAGCUCCUUGAUCCUGGCUUUGGCUUUGGCCCAGCCAUGACUGUUGCAGGCAUUUGAAGAGUGAACCAACAGAUAGGAGAUCUCUUUCAAUCUCUCCCUUUGUUUCUUUGCAUUUCACAUUAAGAUAGUAAAGUUAGUGUCUGAUCAAGAAUAAGAACCCAUUUUAAAAUUAUUUCUGGCCGGCACCGUGGCUCACUAAGCUAAUCCUCUGUCUGCGGCGCCAGUACUCCGAGUUCUAGUCCCGGUUGCUCCUCUUCCAGUCCAGCUCUCUGCUGUGGCCAGGGAGUGCAGUGGAGGAUGGCCCAAGUGCUUGGGCCCUGCACCCCAUGGGAGACCAGGAGGAAGCACCUGGUUCCUGGCUUCGGAUUGGCGCAGCACGCCGGCUGUAGCAGCCAUUUAGGGGGUGAACCAACGGAAGGAAGACCUUUCUCUCUGUCUCUUGCUCUCACUAACUCUGCCUGUCAAAAAAAUAAAUAAAUUGUUUCUAUAGCCCAUGUUUCUCUGACUCAACUAAGUCUUCUUUAGAGAAAUUAGGAAACAAAGAGCAAGAGUUUAAAACCCAUAGU